AUGGCGCCUUCUAUCCCCCAUGCCCUCGCCCUUGAUCUAUCUCAGUACCCCAGCCUGUCGUCUGCUCAGCUAGGCCAUCUGCGCCAUUUCUACAACCUUGCAUUCCAGCCAGAUGGAGAGUGGGCAAAGAUGGGUGCCCAAGAACCCCUUCAAGAGUUCCUAGACGCCUAUCGCUAUCAACUCGCCACAAUGGCCUAUGCCGUCGGUGUCGCUCACUAUCAUCGAUUACCGGCUCUUCGCACGGUCUUCAAACCACUCCUCCGCCAGCUGAUCCAUAAGAUGUUGCGUAGGGAGGUCUGGGCCUACUGGUUCAACACCAGUCUGGGCGGCAAGCGCACCGAUCCGAGUUUGCAAAAGCUCCGAGAACCGUGGGCCGACCCUGUCGUGAGAGAGAACAUCAUGUACAGCGGUCAUCUUCUAUUGAUGACCAGCCUCUACGCCAUGCUCUUCGACGACGAUGAAUUUGAGAAGCCUGAGUCUCUUGUCUUCAAAUGGGACCCUAUGUUCUUCGGUCUUGGCGACGAGACUUUCUCCUACGACAAUCGCAGCCUUCAGGAAGCCAUCAUCCGGGAAAUGGAGAGGAAUGGAUGGGUCGGCGUCUGCUGCGAGCCAAACGUGGUCUUUGUUGUCUGCAAUCAAUUUCCAAUCAUAGCCAUGAAAUACAAUGACUCUCGGGACGGUACGAACAAGGUCGAGGAAGUUUUGACCAAGUACAAGGCCGCCUGGGACAAGAAGGGCAUGGUGUCUCCCGAUGGUCUCUUUGUUGAUUUCUGGAUGGUCAAACAAAAUCACAUCGUCCCCCCUUCAGAUGUGGGAUGGACCGCAUGGGCAGGUGCUUUUAUGAACUCCUGGAAUCCGCAACUUGUGGAGGCUCUCUAUCCGAAACAGUUCCCUGGCUUCAUCACGAACAUCUCCGGUCGCGUCCGCUUACAACCGCCCAUUGUAGCCAACCACUACCGCAAACUCUCGGCGGCGGCGUCCUCGUCUACGUCUGAUGAAGAGAACUUCCGGCAAGCCACUGUUCUUGCCAAAGCUGAUCUUGAGAAGAAGCCUACGCCGCCUUUCCCGUACACCAAACCCUGCUUCGGAUACGUGGUCCAAUGGCUCUCCGAACUCGGUCGAACAGAGAUUCUCGACGGCCUUCUCGCAUACGCCGACCAAAACCUCAACCCCACAUGGGAGAACGGGGGCCUGUUCUACCCUCGCAACGACACACCUUUUGUCUUCACUGAGGACAACCAGGACGGCGAGGGUGUCAAAUGGACACAUAUCUCCCCUUUCUGCGGCAAUGCAGCGAUCGGGUACGCACGACUCAAUGUCAGAGAUGGACAGCGGAUCAUGUACGAAAAGCCCUGGACCAGGGAGUCUCUGGCCCACACGCCGUGGAUCGACCACCUCGACUUCGCAGGGAAGGAACACGGGGUUGGUGUGCUUCGCGGCGUGUGGGAUGAAGAUGCCCAUGUGCUGAUCCUGACAGUGAAAGGAUGGGACUUUGAAGGACGAGGAUGCCCCGAGGCCGUGACCAUUGAGCCUGUGGCUCGGGGUCUGCGUCCAGGAACUUGGGCAGUCUAUGUCGACGGGAAGUUACACGCCAGCAGGAAAUUGCCUGAUCAGGCCGGGAAUGAUGGGUUUGGGGUAAAAUGUGAAGUCAAGAGGGGCCAGGAGGUGGACGUGGUGUUUUUGCGGGUUGAUGGUGGGAUGAACGGCCAUGCUGGCGGUUACGCCAACGGCCAUGCCUCUUGA